GCUAUUAUCUUCGCUCCCUCCAAAAACUCAACCAUGGCUUCUUCUUCUUCCAUGAUUCCUCUGUCGUCUUCGUUCCUUCAACCACUGAAAUUCAAAACCCUAGAAAGGCCCUUAAAAACCAGUCUACCUAUCAAAACAAUCCCAACAACCUGCGAUUCCCAGAAGCACAAUAAACCUCCAAAACCCGCCCGGAAAAACCCUGACUUCCCGAAACGGCGGAAAUUCUCCAAGUAUGGAACCUCUCGAAGGUCGAUCCUCAAGAAAUCGUUCGUGCAAGAGCAGGUCACCUUCAACGCGCCGGUCUCCGCCGACCCUCACGUGGCUGUCAUCGGCGGUGGAAUGGCGGGCCUCGUCUGCGCCCUGAAUUUGGAGGCGCGUGGCGUCCGAUCCACGGUUUUCGAUACGGGUAUACAUGGGUUAGGAGGAAGACUGGGAACAAGGAUCAUUGAGCCACAAGGACUGGUUUUCGAUCAUGCUGCCCAGUUCUUCACUGUCAAUGAUUCUCGGUUUGCCCAGUUGGUCGAUCUCUGGUUAGAGAGAGGACUUGUCCGAGAAUGGAAAGGCACUGUAGGAGAGCUUCAAAUAGGAGGAAGGUUUUCACCAUUUCCUUCAUCCCCUCCAAGAUACAUUGCUGUUAAUGGCAUGCGCCCUUUUGCUGAUGCAUUGUUAUCAGAGACACGUAUGGUAAAUGUGGUCAGACCUUGUUGGAUAAGUACACUCGAGCCGUUUAACGGGAUGUGGCACUUAAGUGAGAAUGGAAAACCUCGUGGAGAGUUCGAUGUGAUUGUAAUUGCUCAUAACGGUAAAUGUGCCAAUCGCUUGCUUUCUUCAUCAGGCUUGCCGCUUGUUGCCAGACAGAUGAAGAGAUUGGAUCUGAGUUCCAUAUGGGCACUUUUAGCAGCUUUUGACGAGCCUCUCCCAACCGUGAACUUUGAAGGAGCGUUUGUUAAAGGAGUAGAGCCGUUAUCUUGGAUGGGAAAUAACUCUGCAAAGCUUAUGAAGUCCUCCAAUGGUGGAGGGCCUCAUUGCUGGACUUUCUUCAGCACUGAAGCCUAUGGCAUUCACUACUCACUCAUGAAAGUUCCCACCUUUCAAAAGGAAAACAUUCCGACCGCCACAGCGGAGAAAGUUAAAGCGGGAAUGCUUAGAGGCGUAGAAGCUGCACUCGGGUUGCCACAAGACUCGCUUCCAAAGCCCGUUUACACGCGUCUCCAGCUAUGGGGAGCAGCUCUUCCGAAAAACGCUCCAGGAACUCCAUGUAUAUUCGAUCCAAAAGGGCGGGCAGGGAUUUGCGGUGACUGGCUUCUCGGUUCUAACUUAGAAUCAGCAGCCUUAAGCGGCAUUGCCCUUGCAAAUCAUAUUGCGGAUUUUCUGCAGGACGGUGCAGCUAAUCCCGAAGAAUUUUCGAUCGGUUUAAACGAAGAGUUACAGCGUCUUGAAGGGCAUGAUAUUGGGCAGUUUCCGGGUUUAACAUCCAUAGAACAGAGCAAUGAAGCAAAAGCUUAUCAGCUUCUGUGAACUAAGACAAUCUUACAGUGACACAAAGCUGUUAGGUUCGGAUAGUUGCAUUUUAUUUAUGGUAAUAAAAUAGAUUGAGAUUUAAAUGGAGAAGAAAGAGAGAUUAAUAGAGUUUUU